CUUUGAUGAAGACAGUUCAGGCGAGCAGAAUGAUUAUUGCACAAGAAUUACGUGAUGCAUUGAGAUCUUAAAGUGGGUCUGGAGAAUCCUUGCCACCUAACUUAUCAUGAUUUGGAGGAGUUUGACUAGAAUCCAGUUUUGAUAAAGACAAUUGUUUUUUCCUCCCCAAGUGGCUAUACGUUUAAAUAGUGAAAACAUCUGUUCAGCAACAUAGUAAAACAUGUACACUCGGAACGCCUGAGAGAAGAGCCUGCCAAAGGAUCGGUUGAGAGGGACUUUGCUGGGGGGAGAGCACCAAGAUAAAGCAAACCACUGUUUGUUUUGUCUGGUCGGGGGAAAGCCCAGGCAACCAAUAUUUUGGGUUUCUUUUAUUUCAUUUUGAGAAAGGGUGGUGAGGGGAGAUUUCCUGACGGAAAGUUUGUGAGCUGUCCAUUAGCAGAAGAGCAAGAGAACCUUGGAUGUCAACGCCUAACAGACUCUUGAGACUAGCCACCAAACCACAAAAAGCGAUUUUCUCUUCGUGUGGCCUCUGCGUCCUUCCGUAUGGAGGCAGAAAUGGGGAGCAGCAUGGAGACUGCAAGGACAGUCAACAGAGGAACUCGAAUCGCCCUGGUCGUGUUCGUUGGUGGCACCCUGGUGCUGGGCACAAUCCUCUUUCUAGUGAGUCAAGGCUUCAUAAGUCUCCAAGCUAAACAGGAGUACUGCCUGAAGCCAGAAUGCAUCGAAGCUGCCGCUGCCAUCUUGAGUAAAAUAAAUCUGUCUGUGGACCCUUGUGAUAAUUUCUUCCGGUUCGCUUGUGAUGGCUGGAUAGAUAAUAAUCCGAUUCCUGAGGAUAUGCCGAGCUAUGGGGUUUAUCCUUGGCUGAGACAUAAUGUUGACCUCAAGUUGAAGGCACUUUUGGAGAAAUCAGUCAGUAGAAGGCGGGACACCGAAGCCAUACAGAAAGCCAAAAUCCUUUAUUCAUCUUGCAUGAAUGAGAGAGCAAUUGAAAAAGCAGAUGCCAAGCCAUUGCUACACAUCCUGAGGCACUCACCUUUCCGUUGGCCUGUCCUGCAAUCUAAUAUUGGUCCUGAGGGGGUUUGGUCAGAGAGAAAGUUCAGCCUCCUGCACAUGCUUGCAACAUUUCGUGGCCAAUACAGCAAUUCUGUGUUCAUCCGUUUGUAUGUGUCCCCUGAUGACAAGGCAUCCAGUGAACACAUCUUGAAGCUGGAUCAAGCAACGCUCUCCCUAGCCGUGAGGGAAGACUACCUUGAUAACAGCACAGAAGCCAAGUCUUAUCGGGAUGCCCUUUACAAGUUCAUGGUGGAUACUGCUGUGCUUUUGGGAGCUAACAGGUCCCGAGCAGAGCAUGACAUGAAGUCGGUGCUUAGAUUGGAAAUUAAGAUAGCUGAGAUAAUGAUUCCACAUGAAAACCGAACGAGUGAGGCUAUGUACAACAAAAUGAAUAUUUCCCAACUGAGUGCUAUGAUUCCGCAGUUUGACUGGCUGGGCUACAUCAAGAAGGUCAUCGAUGUCAGACUCUACCCUGACCUGAAAGGCAUUGGCCCCUCAGAGAACGUGGUGGUUCGCGUCCCACAGUACUUUAAGGAUUUAUUUAGGAUGUUAGGCUCUGAGAGGAAAAAGACCAUUGCCAACUAUUUGGUGUGGAGGAUGGUUUAUUCCAGAAUUCCAAACCUUAGCAGGCGCUUUCAGUAUAGAUGGCUAGAAUUCUCACGGGUAAUCCAGGGCACCACAACUUUGUUGCCUCAGUGGGACAAAUGUGUAAACUUCAUCGAAAGCGCCCUCCCAUUUGUUGUUGGAAAAAUGUUUGUGGAUGUGCACUUCCAGGAGGAUAAGAAGGAGAUGAUGGAGGAAUUGAUUGAGGGUGUUCGCUGGGCCUUUAUUGACAUGCUGGAGAAAGAAAAUGAAUGGAUGGAUGCAGGGACAAAAAGGAAAGCCAAAGAAAAGGCAAGAGCUGUUCUGGCAAAAGUUGGCUAUCCUGAGUUUAUAAUGAAUGAUACUCAUGUUAAUGAAGACCUCAAGGCAAUCAGGUUUUCAGAAUCUGACUACUUUGGCAACGUCCUGCAAACCCGCAAGUAUUUAGCGCAGUCUGAUUUCUUCUGGCUGAGGAAAGCUGUUCCAAAAACAGAGUGGUUUACAAAUCCAACGACUGUCAAUGCCUUCUACAGUGCAUCCACCAACCAGAUCCGAUUUCCCGCAGGAGAGCUCCAGAAGCCUUUCUUUUGGGGAACAGAGUAUCCUCGAUCUCUGAGUUACGGCGCUAUAGGAGUAAUUGUUGGACAUGAACUUACACAUGGAUUUGAUAAUAAUGGUAGAAAAUAUGAUAAAAAUGGAAACCUGGAUCCUUGGUGGUCUAUUGACUCAGAAGAAAAGUUUAAAGAAAAAACCAAGUGCAUGGUUAACCAGUAUAGCAACUAUUAUUGGAAGAAAGCUGGCUUAAAUGUGAAAGGGAAGAGGACCCUGGGAGAAAAUAUUGCUGAUAAUGGAGGUCUGCGGGAAGCUUUUAGGGCUUACAGGAAAUGGGUAAAUGACAAGAGGCAGGGAGUUGAAGAGCCUCUCCUACCAGGCACCACGUUCACCAACAACCAGCUCUUCUUCCUGAGUUACGCUCACGUGAGGUGCAAUUCCUACAGACCAGAAGCUGCCCGAGAACAAGUCCAGAUUGGUGCUCACAGUCCACCUCAGUUUAGGGUCAAUGGUGCAAUUAGCAACUUUGAAGAAUUCCAGAAAGCUUUUAACUGUCCGUCCAAUUCCACCAUGAACAGAGGCAUGGACUCCUGCCGACUGUGGUAGCUGGGCUGCUGGGCUCUGCCAUCCUGCGAGCGCUGUCAAGUGCCAGUAGAGGCUGCACAGAGCACUCACCGCCUACUGCUUUGGGCCUGUAUUUCCCUGAUAACUUUGAUUUUAAUGCGUCUUCAUUUCUCAGGCAUAGCUUGGAUCUAAACAGUAUCUAUUCAAAGUUGUAGGGCUUAAAAAAUGGAGCACAUCAAGUGAACCAAGUAUAGUUCUUUAGAAAAGCAAACCAACAGAAAUAAAUUCCUCGGCCACUUUUGUUAAAAUGCUAUCUGCUGAAUCGUUGCUGUUGUCCAUUGCAGUGUGUACGGCACAGCUAAGUGGUACAUACCAUUUCUGUCUGUGGCUGUGCGGGGGGCCUCAGGAUAAGGUAUCAGAAAAAUUCAGUCUGUUAAACUUGUACCCCUCAAUGCCGAGAACAUGUGUAUGGAUACCUGGGAAGUCAUCCUGCUCUGUGGAAUGCAGUACUAGAUUUUAUGUAUCGUCAUUACACAGCAUUUAUUAACUCUAAGGUAGUUAAAUUAGAAAUAGGUUGCAUCUUCCUUUUACGAUCGGUGCUGAAGUGCUUGUCCUCAGCUUUGGAGUCCGUUGGGAUGAAAAUGUCUGCUGUGGCUGGCACCCCUGUCCCAGACAGCAUGAGCCAAGCUGGGAGAAAGGCCACUUGGUAAAGGACUGGAGUUUACCAAAUAGAAACAAAAGGAUGUAUCUUCCAAGUCCCAGAAGAAACUCAAACUCCUCGUCACGUCGCAGCAGAGACAUGGGAGAUGAAAUCUCCAAAGUCUGGUUUGGUGUGCCAAGCCUCAGUGUGGCAUCUGUGUGCCAAACACUUCUUUAGUGCAGUCCCUGGUUGUCCUCUUACCCCCAUAUAUGUGCGCUCUCCUAUUUCUGGAGGCAGCAGGCACAGGGACAAUGGUUUUCUAAUUCCCUGUUAGAAACGUAGGGCUUUCAUUCCUCGUUUGGGCAAACGGACAGACACCACCCUGAGGCGGGGGAAAAGUGCCCUUCUGUUUUGACUCAGUCACUGUUACUUGUCUUUCAGAGAACCUUUUUGAAAUACGUUUUGAUUGAAGACAGUUUAGAAUCUGUAGAUUGAAUUUGAAAUCACCUGCACAGGCCAGAGAAACAUAAUUUUUACUCUUCAGGUCUUCUUCUCAAGAGUCCGUAAGAAAGAGCAGGAGUAGGCUGUGGUCCUCAGAGCUUUAUCCUUUCAAGAGAACUCCUCCCUCCCUUAUUAGUGUGUGCAUGUGUGUGUGUGCGUGUGUGUGUGCGUGUGUAGGAGAAAAACAUAAUGCCUUUAAAGUGGUCACCUGGCAUUCUGGUUUCUUAUGCUAACCAUCCACCUAAACUCUUUCACAUUAUCCAUGUGGUUCUGCGUUAAGUGAACUAACAGGAAAAUCUUAAACGCAAAGUGGCAAAUUCAGACUAACCAUAGGAAGCUGUUUUGCAUCCUUGUGAUUUGCCAUCCUUUUUUUAAAAAGUAUAAGUAUGUGUCAUGUCCUUUUGUGUAACCAUGGGAACUUCUGAAGAGGGAAAAAACAUGGGGGCAUCAGUACAAGGAAAAUAAUUACACUGCAUUAGUCAGAGGGCAGUGAUUUUCCCCUUGACUUCCUCCUCUCUGACUGGAUAAACUUCUGAAGGGCAGCUACCUUUCCUCCUCUUAACCAUGGUUUACUGUGACUUUAAAGUUUGUCUUUUUACAAACAAGUGGGGUUAGGUUAGGAGUGCUGGAAAUGUACGUGCCUUUUCUCUGGAGGAAUCAUUCUGAUUUUGUUUAGACAUACAAGACACUGCUCAUUUUAUUCCAGUACCUGGAAUUUAAAAAUCAGCUGAGGUUUGUUAUGCUUAUGUGAAUAGCAUUUUUCUUCUAGAUUUCUCUUUUUAAACUCCAAAUAAGCACAUUCCUGCAGGUCAGAGAAAGUGUGUGAAAAAAGCCUAGGAUUAUGACUUUGGAGAUAGGAAUCACUCAGUCUCUUGUUAGUUUAGGAAAACUGGUUGGUGAUCAUUUGGGGCCCUCACGGUUUCUAAAUGAUGUGGCUACCUGAUUAACCUCGCUUGCUGUGACUCAGUUAUACUGAAGUUGCUGAUAGAACAGACAUAUUUAAAACAAAACAAACCCAAAACAGCAAGACCAAUCCAUCAGUACUGGCUAAGAUAAUUUUCUAGUAGGAUCAGAUUUCUAAAUAUAUACUCACGUUUACAUUUUCAGGUUAUAGUUUUAUCCCUUCUGUUCAGGACAGAUUGCUAAAGGAAGCAGACACUGAUUAAGUGGUAGAAGGAAGAAGGUAAAAUACAACUGGAAGGAAAAAACUAGGGAGUAAAUGGCCUAAGAAAGUGAUUCUGAAGAGAAGACAGGAUUUUGGCAGUCCUUGCUAAGCACAUCCAGUGGAGUAGAGCCAUAAAGUUUCACAAAAAUAAUCAUGGUAGAUUAAAAGGAAAUUAGAUAUUGGAUCUCAGUCUCAGACUACCAUGACAUCCUUCUCUGAUUCAUAUACCAGAUGUUCUGCCAGUGAACUAUUGUCUGGGCAGUGAAGGGAGUUUGUUUUUGUGUAUGUGAAAUUCUCUUGGAUUAUUAGUCAAGGACAUUGUGUAUAUACAGUGGUAUUGUUCAGGCUUCUCACCAUUGCUCAAAGUUUGUUGAACUUCUCACCAACCACACAACUUUGGCCUCUUAUUUCCAUUUUUUUCCUUUUAUGAGAUAGACUUGGACAUGACUUAUGCAAGCUCAGGAUUCAUACAUUAUCCUGAAGUCUAUUCAGUGCCUUUCCUCAAUGGAGCUUAAAGCACAGCACAUAAAUUUCUCUUAUUUAGCCCUGGGGCAUGCAAAGAAGCAACUAGGAACUUUGGUUUGCCACCCAGGUUAUCCUAGCACCAGAGAAGUGGAGAGGUUUACAUUGCUUGUCAAGUGCCCCAGAGUCAGGAAAGGCAUAGUCUGCUCUUUGGGCUACUGACCUUUGCAUUAACCUUCAUGCCUUAGAUUACCCCAUUUCUAAAUACAUUUAUUCCAACAGUAUUUCUGUAAUCACUUCACAUUUGAUAGGCUUCUUCCUUGAUUAUUUUUAACAUAAUGUCUCAGUUGCAUAUUAAAUUAUGGAAGAAUAUAUGAUUAUUUCAUGCAACAACAGUCUCAACACCAGUGGCAGUGCCCCACUGGCUUGAAGAAAGGUGUUCUUGGAUUAUGCAUUUUAUAUCUAAAUGGUCAUUGUAUUUUCUUCCCUUACUUGUGAAGCAAUGUGAACAAUCAUCUUAAGGACAAUAAAAAGUUGAAAAUUU